AAUUGCAAUUGUCAUUUACAUUUGUACAAAAUCUGAAAUUCUGCCUCCCAAAUAAAAUUUAUUUCUAAUAUUUUAUAAUUGAAAAAAAGAAAUUUGCAUAAUGGCAGCCGUAAUGGAUGUUGAUGAAGAAGAAGUAGAAAUGGCUUCUUCAAGUAGCGGAAAGGGAGACAAAAAACGAUUUGAAGUCAAAAAGUGGAAUGCGGUUGCUCUCUGGGCAUGGGAUAUUGUGGUGGACAACUGUGCCAUCUGCCGUAAUCACAUCAUGGAUCUAUGCAUAGAAUGCCAGGCAAACCAAGCUUCAGCCACUAGUGAGGAGUGCACAGUGGCUUGGGGAGUUUGUAAUCAUGCAUUUCACUUCCACUGUAUCUCACGUUGGCUGAAAACCAGACAAGUCUGUCCUUUAGACAAUAGAGAAUGGGAGUUCCAAAAAUAUGGACAUUAGAGGAAUCGAUAUCUUAGUGGUUCCAACCUGGCCCUUACAAGAAGCCACUACCAGUGUAAAUUGGACUUUAAUGUCAAUAUAUCCACUAAGUUCUCAAUAAAAAACUCAAAAUACUAAA